GCCUUCUGAUGCAGGCCACUCUCCCGACGCCAGACAUGCGUCAGUCGCUGCGGGUCACUGCACGUGGAAGAUGUCGACAGCCGCAGAUUGGAUCCCAGACCGACUGUCAGCGCUAAUCAUUCCAUAGGUAAAGAACGAGGGGGGCUAUUGCAUUCCUGAUUAUCUGUCAUUGAUGCAUCCCUAGAGGUAAGCAGAAAUAGUGUCAGACGGUCAGACUCAAAUUCGGGGAUAAUAACUCGGGGUAUUCGGACUCGGAUACCAUCUCCGAACUCCUGGCCCUACAAAAACCAUGCAUCCAGCUUAACAUUAUGGACGAGAAUCGUCAAAUACCUAGACUCUUUAAACAAUAAUAUUUAAGCUCGGCUAUUUGCAAUGUUUCGAUCUCUGCUUUCCUUCCGAGCUGUCAAAUCCAACACCGACUACAUCUUCCCUACGGUCAAUCCAAAAGAGGAUGGCCCCGACUGCCAGAGAGACUGCGCCGACUGCACCGUUCACUUCCCAUCUAAAGUCAAAACCGAGACGUCUAGGCCUCUCUAUGGAAAGACAAAGGAGUUUCAUUCCCAUGUUUUAGUGGCUACUGGUAAAUCCGACUGGAACCAACAUGCCGAGCAGGAGAAGGGCAGCCUAAUGGAGGCAUUUGACCAGAGUGCGUACAAAUCGCGACAUGGCCGCAUCAUGGUCUCCGCAUCGAACCUCCAACCCGCCGACAACGAGAACACCACUGACGAUCAAGCGAGGGAUAAAGGAACCACCGUGUUACUUCUACCGUCGUUCACCUUUGUGGACUUCGUACAGACUCGCGACAUCCAAGAGCUAAUCGACGGUUUCAUUGAUAGCCCACAGUCCCAGUCGCAGAAUGGCAUGAACCCACCAUCAACGGAACAACAGCCCAUCCGAUCUCGACUGACCUCGCGACCCUGCGAGUACGAAUAUGUCAUCCUGCUAUGCUCACACAAACGACGAGACGCCCGCUGCGGGAUCACGGCGCCUCUCAUCAAAAAGGAGCUAGAGCGUCAUCUCCGACCGCGGGGUCUCUACCGGGACGCGAACGAUGAACGGCCGGGUGGUGUGGGCAUAUUCUUCGUGUCCCACGUGGGAGGUCACAAAUUCUCAGCCAAUGUAUUGGUUUAUCGAAAGAAGGAACAGCAGAUGAUCUGGUUGGCGCGGGUGAAACCCGAGCAUUGUGAGGGAGUGGUCAACUAUACACUACUCCAGGGGAAAGUGGUCCAUCCUGAGACCCAGUUGCGAGGGGGAUUUGAUCGACAACGAGGAUUGACGAGUUGGUGAUGCAGCCAAUGGAUGUUUAGAAAUUU